AUGGAGGUCGGGACGAUGGUUCUGCACAGCGACGUCGGCGAGGUCACCUGGCGGCGGUACCUCCUCCCGGAGGACGAGGCCAUCCCGCAGGACCUCGUCGUCGCCGCCUACACCCUCAGCGAGAUCGCGCAGGGCGAGAAUCGCAGGCGUAUCAUCCGACAGCUCUGGAAGAUGACGAGGGGCGUGCUCAUCCUCGUGGAGUUCGCCAACUUGAACAAUUUUAACCUUCUAAUGGAGGCGCGUGAUACCAUCUUGGAGGAGAAAGGCGUGGGGCUGUGGGAUUGGCAGCCGACGAUCGUGGCGCCCUGCCCGCACGAGCACCGCUGCCCUUUACGGCAUUCCAAAGUCGGCGUCAAGCGUAAGGUAAUGCGGAUUUGCAGUACGGACGCACAUUACCGAUCGACCUUUAUCGAGUCAUGGGCUCGCGCCCUCCCCCUCAAGGUUGGAAUUGAGCCGAUUAGCUAUCUUAUUUUCGCGCGGAAUGAGUUCGUCCCCGAACGUGCGGAGCGCCGGGCGGCGGAGGCCCAGCGAAAUGCCGAAGCCGAAGUUCACAAGCGGGAUGAAAAGCAGCGUGAGCUCUACGAGGCCGCGCUCAGCGUGAAGGACGUCGUUUUCGAACGUUUAAGCGACGAGGCGAUGCAUCGCCCGCAGACCGGGAUCCCACCUAAACUUCCGCCGCUUCCGACGGCAUCCGACAAAAGCGUGGAGCUUUCCAACGCCCUCGCGGAAGGCGCGACCAGCACCGCUGAGAUCGGCCACAUUCCAACGGAUAAGCCUCGCCUCGUGCAGACGUCCGAAAGGCGCUUUAAUAAACUGAUUUUUCCACUUCAGUACCCCCCCGCGACGCAUCGGUUUAAUCGCGGCUUCGUCGACGCCGGGUAUCAACGCCAGAGGGCGAUUAAACCCUCCGAGAUGCUUGUCGUGCGCGAGGAGCUGGAAGAUAUGCGGCGGCGAGUGAUGAAAGUUUCCCCCAAAUACCUUCGCGUGGUGCGGGACCCGACCUGUCGGGGGAAAAUUCAGGCUGUUUUUUGCACACCGGAGGGGGAUUUGAUUAGCGGGCGUGUCUACCGCCGCUUUUACGGCGAUCGAAAUCGGGUUAGUCUGCAUAGUACGAUGCGCUGGCAGCAUAUUGGCGGGUGGAAGCUGCUUAAGCGCAUACGCAGCGGAUCCCUCUUUCCGCACGACGUCCCCAUGUACGCGAUUAAUAAGUACCCGCAGGUCGACUUCCCGAAUACGCUCGUGGAUUCGAAAUAUUCCACGGUGGAGAAGACGGCGAUGCAGUAUAACGACGCCACCACCGCGAUGGAUCCCUCGGAGCGGGAGGAGGAUCUCUCGCGCGAGGAGCGAAAGUCUCGCGAGCGCCUUUUACGCGAUAAAGAGCUCGAAAAUAAGGUCCAGCAGCAGUUGGAGGAGCUCUUUGGUUCUUCUAUGACCAAUAAAGACCUCUCCGGGCAUGUUGACGCCCGUCGGGAGAUCUCCGCGGAGAUGUGGGCAGAGGCCGUGCGAAAAGCACGGAUUAAAACCAUUCGUCAGACGAAAGAGACGAUCCCUCUCGCGGCCAAGAUUCGCACGGUGAAAAGGAGACUGGAGGUUAAACGGCGGAAUCCGAAAAUUGAAAUGCGAUUAAACCGCCAGCGGGCGAUGUAA